UCGAGAAAGAGAGGGAGAGGGAGAGAGAGAGAGAGAGAGAUUUAGAAUGGCUGAAGUAAUGAAAUACAAAAGACUCGGGAUUGUCGUCAUUUUACUUUUGAUUGUAAUUAAGAUCGAAUGCCAGGGACCUGCUACUUCUCCUGAGCCGUCUACUGGCAGAGAUGAUAUGCCGGGGGACUCUUUGCCAUCUCCACCGCCACCAUCACAUGGUGGUGGUGUUAGCUACUUCAUUUGGAUCGUUGUCACUGUUCUGGUCGUAGCUGGAGUCGGAGUUCGAAGCUACUACAUAUUUGUUCGGACUCCAGAACUGAUGGAAAUGAAAACCCCCGACAAUACGUCCCCUCAAGUCUCCCCACUAUCCCAAUCGCCCGAUCAUUUGACUAUAGAAAUGUCUGAGCUCGGAAGGCAUGAUGAUGUAUCUAGGAGGACCAACUAGUGGGUCUGAUGAAGAUGCUUUAUGUCUGAUCUUAUUACAAUAAUCUAUAAUAAAACGAUUUGUUUGGUGUAUCAAUCGUUUUGGUGUCUCUAUAGUUAGAAUAAGAAUAUGUUAGAACCUUUGCUUAAUGUUGUUAAACAAUAUUCUCAUAUGGUUCACAGACAUUACUGAGAUUUUCUGAUAAAAAUGUGAUUGGUGGUGGAUAUGGUAUUGUUUAUCGAGGAGUUUUGCCUGAUUCUUCUGUAAUUGCAGUUAAAAAUCUUUCUAAACAAGAAGUAAAAAAAAAUUAGUAAAUUUUAGAUUCAAAA